CACUAACAACAGCGCGACCAACAACAGCAACACCUUCUACACCAUCAGCAGAUUACUGGACCACUGAAGAAGCCACCACUCCAGAUUACUGGACCACUGAAGAAACCACUCCAGAUUACAACUCCUGCCGGUACAAUUGUGGCAACAACUUUGGUAGCUGUUCCUGCUCAAGUUCAUGCCGAUACUAUGGAAACUGCUGUCAUGACUACUAUGAUUACUGUGGAAGUACAACAUAUCCGCCAGCCACCACAGAUUACAGCUCCUGCCGGUACAAUUGUGGCAACAACUUUGGUAGCUGUUCCUGCUCAAGUUCAUGCCGAUACUAUGGAAACUGCUGUCAUGACUACUAUGAUUACUGUGGAAGUACAACAUAUCCGCCAGCCACCACAGAUUACAGCUCCUGCCGGUACAAUUGUGGCAACAACUUUGGUAGCUGUUCCUGCUCAAGUUCAUGCCAAUACUAUGGAAACUGCUGUCAUGAUUACUAUGAUUACUGCUACAUGACAACCUGGUACCCGCAAGCCUCAACACCGGACCAUCCAGAAUGUGGAGGACACCUGGAUGGUUCUGGAACUUUCUCCAGCCCAUAUUAUCCAAGCUAUUACCAUGAUAAUGCCUACUGUGUGUGGAGUCUGUCAGCUCCAUAUGGACAAAGAAUCCUCCUCAGUUUUUCAGAUCUGGAAAUGGAGAACUGCUGUGACUGUGACUACAUCACUGUGCAUGACGGCCCCUCAGUGGGCUACAACCAGCUGGGUCGGCUCUGCCACAACUCCUCUCUGGACGUCUUCCACUCCUCCUCCAACCGCAUGACUGUGCGUUUCCGUAGUGAUGGCAGUGUUGUGGGUCGUGGCUUCCAGGCCCAAUUCAUCAGCUCCCUACCAACUGAUGAAGGCAGGGUGCAGUGUGCCUCAGACAACAUGAACAUUGUUAUUUCAAGGUCUUACCUGAUCGAUCAGGGAUUCAAUGGUCAUGAUCUCUAUGUCAAUGAUCAACACUGUCGGCCGACCAUAAACAGUUACCAGGUGGUGUUUGAGUUUCCUCUCAACCGCUGUGGAACAGUGAGAACGUUUGACAAGGGUCGUGUAAUUUAUGAAAAUGCUGUGCAGGCAUAUUCAACCAGCUCUGGGGAGAUCACACGUCAGUCAAGUUUAUUCAAGUUGUCUGUUGUCUGUCACAUGGAAAAGGACUCUGUAUCACAGAUCAUUUAUAAGGCCAAAAAUAAAGGUAACUCUACCAUCAGCGGAACUGGUCGAUUCAAUACCACCAUGGCUUUCUACACCUCUGGGAGCUUCUACCAGCAAAUCUAUGAAGAUCCCUAUGAGGUAGAUCUCAAUGAGAACAUGUAUGUUCAGGUGAGCCUAAGAAGACCGGACAGCAGCCUUGUCCUCUUCCUGGACACAUGUGUGGCCUCACCAAACCCACAUGACUACGCUGACUACCGUGCCUACUAUCUACUGCUCAACGGGUGUCAAAGAGACCCAACAUUCCACACCCUUUUGAGCGGCUCUCGGAGUUACGCACAGUUUAUGUUCCGGGCUUUCAAGUUCCUGCGGGCACAUGAUUCUGUGUACCUGCAGUGUAAGGUCCGCAUCUGUCCUAAAGAUGACCGCAACUGUGGUGUUAUGUCCCAAUGUGGCGCCCGCAAGACCCGAAGCCUGGACUCCAAGCACCAGACCGCCACCAUGGUCCUGGGGCCUAUCAGGCUGAAAGAUGUGGAGAAUCCUGCAGUGAAGCAGCUGGAGGACAACGUGGCUGAGGUGGAUGUCUGAAGAAGCCACUGAUGUCCCUGACCAGUUCAAAUGAAUCAAUAAAUCCAUAUUAUUAUUUCCUGUAUACAAAUCAUGUCUAUCGUGGCACUCUGAUGCCUUACUACA